AUGAGCCACACAGCUGAGCAGCUUUUAAUCAUCUAUGAGACGGAGGCAGAGCAAUGGGCCACCUAUCUGCAUUCACUCUUCACGGGUCCAAUCUCAGCGGCUGGGAUCUGCUGCUACGACAUCGCCACAGUCUCCAGCCGGCAGGACGACGUCGUCAGGCUGUCCCGGUACACCUGCAAGCUCCUCGUCCUUUCCAAGGGCAUGCUAGAAGAGCUGUGCCCAAAGCGGCGUUUCUUCCUGGCCCGUGUAUUGCGUCCUGCAACUCAUGUGGUGGUGCUGCUGUGUGGGGUGGAGAGACUGACCCCCCUGCUGGAGCUGUUGCCUCUCAACGGCGAUGAGUGCCUGCAGGUCUCCAGUGAACAGGAUGCCCGCAUGUACCUGUCCACUGUGACUGAUGUUGUGAGGAAAGGUGUAUUAUUUUCCGCUGCAAAUGUCAACCCCUCGACAUGUAAACUAUCAGGAUCAGUGCAAAAGGCAGAACAGAUGCAGUCGACUGGAGCCCACAGUGUCAGAUCCAUCGCGGUCGCUCCCUCCAGAGUUCCAUGCGGGAGCUCCAUGGAAGUGUUCAUUCUUUUGAAAAAUGAGUCGGUUGGCAGCAACGUCGAGGUUGAGUUCACUGCAGUGCAUCAGAAGCAGAGAGUGAAGCCUGUCUGCUGGAACGAGCGGAUCCUCUGUGUCAAUGCACCAGAUUUUCCAGCAGGAAAUGUAAGAGUGACCGUGUAUAGCAAUGGGGUGCCACUGUGCAGGGCACAGCUGCAGUACUACAGCUACAUGGAGGAAAUAACCUGCCUUCUGGCGAGGGCAGCAGACCCUAUAGAUUUCAUAUGUCAGGCUCUACAGACGUCCUCUGUGGACAAGCUGGACCAGAAGUUGUCCUCCAUGUUGUUGAAGAACAUGCCCACCGGAGGCUUUCAGGGACUGCAGAGUGAAAACACUCCUGAAAGAGACCUCCACCAUUCGGAUGUUCCAUCGCUCCUCCACUUUGCUGCCCAGUAUGGAUUGAUGAGCGUCUCCAGCGUGCUGCUGCAGUGUCCAGGUGCUGAGCGAGCUCUGCACACGGCCGAUCGCCACGGACUGACUCCCUCUGAGAUUGCCAAGAGACACGGCCAUACCCAGCUUCACAUCUUAUUGAGGGAAACACGGAAUAUGUUCAACUCAGACGAGGACAAUGGGGAAGCCAGUGUGUACGAAAUGAUGUGCGCUGCAGGGACUCCUUCCACCAAACAUGUAGAGCCACCAGGAGAGGAUGAAGAGGGGGAGGAUGCAGAUAUCUACCAACCACUGGAGGUGAAUGAUGAGAAAGAAAACAUCCAGAACGCAACCAAAGCAGUCGUUAUAGCCAAUCGCCCACCAGCCCCCACGCCUCGGCCCGAGAGCACCCAGGUGAAGGAGGACAGAACUCCUUACAUCACCAAAGUAUUCCAGAAGAAGACGACACUUCAGGGCGGAGCUGAUGUGUAUUCACUUCCCACUAAAACAGCACAUGUGCGAGAAGACGGCGCCUCGUCCACCUAUGAUACGUUUGUGCCAAACCAGACAAACGGGCUGCAGACACUCAUCGAGCUCCAGCAGCGGGUGAAGGCAGGUUCACUCACUGUGGACGGCGCCCUGGAGCGCUUCAGCGACUGGCAGCGGGUUCAGAAGGGCAUGGAUGUCGUCCAGCAGGAGCGGCUGAGGGAGCUGAGAGACAGUAUCAUUACCAGCAGUGUCUACGAUAAAAUCAACAUCGUUCAUCACACACCAAGUGUUACAGUGAGUGAAAUUCGAAGAAGAAGCCAAGAAGGGAAGUCUGAUUUGUACAGCAAGCCACUUAAAGGACAGCAUUCAAGUUUCUUCUCGAAAGCUGAUAAACGAUGAAGGCUCCAUCACGCUACAAACACUCUAUUCUUCAAACUAAUUCUAUCAGAUUUAUUCUGUUUGAAUACACAGUGUGUCAUUUGUAUUGUAUGAUUAACAACGUUUUGUAUUUCAAAAUAAUAAGAAGUGAAAUGCC